GCUCUUUGCGGUGAAGUGCGCCGGGUGCCUGGAGGCCAUUGCACCCAGCGAGCUGGUGAUGCGUGCCCAGAAGAGUGUCUACCACCUGCGCUGCUUCUGCUGCUGCGUCUGCGAGCGGCGCCUGCAGAAGGGUGACGAGUUUGUGCUGAAGGAGGGGCAGCUCCUCUGUAAGGGCGACUACGAGAAGGAGCGGGAACUGCUGAGCUUGGUGAGCCCGGCUCUGUCGGAUUCUGGCAAAAGUGAUGAUGAGGACAGCAUUUGCAAACUAGGCCAAGCCUCAGGGAAGGGUGCUGAGGAUGGGAAGGAUCACAAGCGGCCCAAGCGGCCCCGGACAAUCCUUACCACACAGCAGCGGAGGGCAUUCAAAGCAUCGUUUGAGGUCUCCUCCAAGCCCUGCAGGAAGGUUCGGGAGACGCUGGCGGCCGAGACAGGGCUGAGUGUCCGCGUGGUGCAGGUCUGGUUUCAGAACCAGCGAGCAAAGAUGAAGAAGCUUGCCAGGAGGCAGCAGCAGCAGCAGCAAGAUCAGCAAAACACACAGCGCCUGAGCUCAGCCCAGACCAAUGGCAGCGGAAGCACAGGGCUGGAGGGAAUGCUGAACCCCUACACCACUCUGCCCCCACCCCAGCAGCUGCUGGGCAUGGAGCAAAGUGUCUACGGCUCUGACCCUUUCCGGCAAGGGCUUACCCCGCCGCAGAUGCCUGGAGACCACAUGCACCCCUACGGUGCUGAGCCCUUCUUCCAUGACUUGGAUAGCGAUGAUACCUCACUGGGCAACCUGGGUGACUGCUUCCUCACCACGACGGAUGCGGGGCCGCUCCAGGCACGAGUGGGGAACCCCAUCGACCACCUCUACUCCAUGCAGAACUCCUACUUCACCUCCUGA